CUAUUUCCAGAGCGUUUCCAGGUGGUAGUGAGAGGCAACGGCUUUCUCCAUGCCAGGAACACGGACCAAGUCCUCUGCAGCUUCAAGCUCAACGACACCCACUCUCUGGAUGAGAAGCCGGUGGGCAUCGAAGACACCUUCCUGCUCUGUCCCGCGCCCGUCAUAGAGGAAGUGGGGAGAAUCAUCUUCCUGCAGGUGAGCAUGAACGAAGGCCUCUCCUACAUCACCAGCUCCGUGCACAUCACCACCACUGAGUGUUUCGAUGGCACCAUGGUGUUGGUCUCCCUGCUGGUUCUGUUCCUGCUCCUGGGGGUCAUGCUGAUGUGGUGGCUCUGGCCCCUCUGCUGCACGCUGGUCAUCAAAGAGCCCCCCCCCCCACCCCCGCCGGAGCCAGAAUCAGACGAUGAGGACGGGAUGCCCAAGAAGAAGUGGCCCACGGUGGACGCCUCCUACUACGGGGGUCGCGGAGUCGGGGGCAUCAAGCGCAUGGAGGUGCGGUGGGGGGAGAAGGGCUCCACUGAGGAGGGGGCCAAGCUGGACAAGCCCAAGAACGCCGUGGUCAAGAUGCCCGACCAGGAGUUUGAGCCGUACGAACCCAAAGCACGCAAGCCCCCCCGCCGGCCCCCGCAGCAGAGGAGAUGGUACACUCCCAUCAAGGGGAAGCUGGACGCUCUGUGGGCUCUGUUCAGGAGGGGCUACGACCAGGUGUCCCUGAUGAGACCGCAGCCAGGGGACCAGGGCCGCUGCAUUCGCUUCCACCGGGUGCAAGGGGAGGAGUCUAUCCCGGUCGGAACCUCCCCCCCUCACCAGGCGCUGCUCCGGCUCCUCCCCCCCCCCCAGGCCCCUCCCCCUCCUCUCCACGCCCACUCCCCCCCCCCUCCCCCUCCUGAGCAGCAGCCCCUGGUCUCGUCGUCGGUGCCCCGCGCCAAACCGCCCACCAGGGGCCCGCGCACCACGCCCCCCCCCCAGGGCCACGCCCCCCCCCAGGGCCACGCCCCCCUCCAGGGCCCCCCCGCCCAUGAUGCCGGCUGCCCCCGGCCCCCCCCCCCGCCCGCCUGCCCCCGGGGGCCCCGGGCCCGCCCCCUUCGCGACCCCCACCCAGACUCUGAUUCUGUAAUGCGUGGGGGGGGCAGAGAGAGGGAGGGUAUUAUGCACACGGAGCUUUGUCCCCGCGCUCGUAUGCGCUCAUAAACACCCCACCCUCAGCGGAGUCUCCCGCUCGGAGAGAGAGAGAGAGAGAGAGGCGUUCUCUGGGGGAGACGGGGGCUCUCGUUGAGGAGCUCAUAGUAGAACUGCAACCUGUAGAAAUAUUAAAAUACCAAAAAAAAAGACAGGUUGUUUAUACGAGGUUUCAUAGUCGCUGACUAAUGCGGCCAAUCGAUGGUUACAUGUCAUACACACAUAUACAGAAGUGACGGAGGAGGGCAUUAAGAGGUGGAAGUGCAUGUUUGAUAGCAGUGUCUGCUAUCAGUUAGGAGUUGAUGCCGUUGGAAUGUAAUUUUGGUUUUAGAAAAGUAUUUGUUUGUGAGGGAUGAUACAGCUGGGGCUGUAAGAGUAAGUAGCAAAUGUAAAUCAAUCUUUAAGGUUUUUGAUAAGCCUUUACAGGGGGUGUACAGCAUGAGUACAUCGACCACUUAAUCAAAAAGCAAAGAGAAUCAACCACUCAAACUAGGAAAAUGUGUUUUUCAAACAGCUUUGUUCAAAGAAACUAUUUGUUUUUGUUUUUUUUGUAAGUGAAUAUAAAUGCAUCUUGUAACUGCAGGGCAGUUGUACCUAUUUAUUUCUAUACAGGCCCUUGUAUGCACCUGCUCUAGUCAAUGGGGGUUGUAUAAAGUUCUGAGGUCCAAUAGGUAAGACAGGAGGAUUCUAUCAUUCCAUCACUUUACGGCCGUCUGUCUCCUAAAGUGAGAUACUGCAUACUAGCUCUCCUUAAUUGCAUUUACUAAUGACUGAAAUGAUGACGCAUCGUUUCUGUAUUAACACGCAUUUUUGUCUUUAAUUAAAAAUGUAUUUUAUAUUGCGAAAGUGAUUAUUUCAAGUAGACUGCAAAACCAAUAAAAUCUUGAAAUAUAUGGAUUCA